AAAUGAAAUAUUUUCUAUUUCUGUUUUUGACAGCCUUAGUUUAGUGUGUAGAUCCUUAAAGUGAUGAGAUCUUAGAUUGGCCAUAUUAUCCAUAAUAUAACUUUAAAACGUAUAAUGGAUUUGUGGAAAUUUAAAAUGGAAAAUAGUAAAUAUAAUAAUAAAAUAGAUGAAGAGUCAUUCAUUAUAUUUUUAUGGAAAGUAUAAGUAAUGCUGAUAGUAAACCUUUGAUAAUAUAAUUUGGUGGUGGACCAGGAUGUAGUAGUAUGGCUGGAUUAAUUUCAGGAAUUGGACCUUAUGUAAGAAUAUGGGGAAAUGAUAAAAUGGAAUUAAAAGAAAAUCCCUAUUCAUUACAUAAAUUAGGAAAUGUUUUAUAUUUAGAUAUACCUGCAGGAGUUGGAUACUCUGAACUUCAUGAUGAUCAAUAUUAAUGGAGUGAUACUAAUACUGGUCUUCAUUCUUAUGAAACAAUUAAAACAUGGUUAAAUGCAUUUCAAAAUUAUAAAGGUAGAGAAAUUUGGAUAAGUGGUGUAUCAUAUUCAGGUAAUAUGUCCAUUUAAUUUAAGGAAUGUAUAUACCUUGCACAGCAGAAGUCAUAAUUAAAAAUAAUCUCUAAUUUCCAGAUGAUUAAAUUAAUUUGAAAGGCAUAAUGAUAGGUAAUGGGGUUUUAGUAAAUGAUGAUAAUUUCAUUUUUAAAUGGAAUAGAGAAUAUUUAAUUAAAAGAAAUUUCUUUGAUUUAGUAACAUAAAAUGUUAUGUAAAUUUCAUGCACAAAAAAUCCAAAAUCAGUAAGUUGUUAAAGAGCAUUAGAGAGAGAAAAAGUUGUAAGAAAAAAUUUGAAUCCUUAUAAUGUAUAUGGAUACUGUUAUGGAGAUUCAUCAAUCUAUCAUAAAGAUGUAGAAGACUAUUCUUGUAUUGAUGAUGGAAUUUUAAAUAAUUAUUUUAAUGAUCCAAUGGUCAAAUAAAAGUUAGGAAUUGCUGAAGAACGUAAAUGGGAAUCAUGCAAUAUUGAUGUUUUUCUAAAUUACAAUAGAGAUAAAAACAGUCAUACUUUAAUGAAAUUUUUAUUUAAUAAUGGUGUAAAGAUACUUUAAUUUUCUGGAAAUGCUGAUGAUGUCAUUAGUGUUGAUUAUACAUAUGCAUCAUUUAAAUUAAUUGACGAUCUUUAGUUAAUAUCAAGAAAACCUUUUGCAAAUAAAGAAACUUAAUAAUUAGCAGGCUGGAUUGUUGAAUAUAAUUAUUUAACAUUUUAUAUUCUAAGAGGAGCAGGUCAUAUGUCUCCAACUGAUUAAAGAGCCAAUGCUUAUUAAAUGUAUGAAGAUUUCUUAUCGAGAGCAUGA